AUGGCGCAGGGUGCUCCUUCUCCAGCCCCUCGUUGUCAGGAGCUGCCCGGUCCGUGGCAACCAUGGCAACUGGGAGCCAGCAGCCUUCCGCAGCAUCUGCUGCAGCUUUGGGGCUUCCUCCUCCCCGGGCCUCAGCACCCACCAAUGACCUUGUCUUUGGGGGUUCUCAGCCUCCGGCACCCACACCACCAACUCAAAGUGCUUCUGUUGUUUGGGGAAGGGAGACAGUGGGCCUGGGUGUGGGGUGUGGGCCUUGUGUCCUGGGAGAUGCUGCUCAACAGCAGAGGUCCUGUAGGAGGGGAGUUCAGGGGGAGGCUGAGAGAAGGGCUGCAGGCAGUCUGGGGGAGCAAGAGGCCUAGGCCAUAUGCUCUCCAGCUGUCCCAGUUGGUACCCCAGGGCAUGGCAGUCCAACUUCAGGCUCUCCGGGCUCCCACUGCGAGGUCUGUUAAGGCAGCUUUUUCUCCUUGCUGGGGCCCUGGGGCUCAGCUCCUGGUGGAUGGAGGAGAUUCUUUCCAGAAUGUUCUGUAG